AUGACCAGUUACGCAACCUUAUUCGCCGAAUAUGGAAAGAGCAUCAACGAGGACAAAGCGCAACUUGACGACCUUGUAAACAGGAUAACCGAUGCCGACACGUACAGAGAGCACAUGGAUCCCUUUCACGCAACGACUUACAACCUCGGAACCCAGGUUUCGGGUGCUCUUGGGUUUCUUGAGGACAAGCAGCGACUGACCACGCAGGAGCCUGACCCAUACCGACGGGAUCAAGUGGAGAAGGAAGAAGACGCAGAGGGCCGUGCACUGGUCGCUUUGCAGGAAGGACAGGCUGUGGUCGCACAAGUAUACGGGGGUAUCAAGUUGCAGGUGGAUACUUUUGUUGGGGGUAUGCUUGACAACUUCAUCGUCAUCAACAAAAUCAGAUCCAAAGUGCGCGGUUACAUCGAUGCAGAAGACGAAGACGGCAGCGGCAUGCAAAACGCCGAUCAGGAAGCCGACGGCAUAUUGGUUGCCAUCCAGGACGCGCUGUGGGAGCUGUCACCCGCAGCACCUUUUAAAGACUGGUACAAUAAGAUUACAAGCGACGAGGAAGUGGGUGUAUGGGGAUGGUUGGGCGUCACCUUUGAAAUUGGACUCGAGGUCCUCGCGUGGGUGCCCACGCCGGCUGCCCCUGCUGCCCGGAUAUUCAAGAUCGGGCGAACGGCAUACAAGGUGAUGAAGUUGCUGAAAAAGGCCCAAAGAAUCAUCACAAGAUCAAAAAAGCUCUGCAAAAGCGUCAAGGCUAUCGGACAGCUUGAAACGGCCGUUGCAACUCUCCAGUCGCUACUACAGAAAUUCACCAUGGGUUUGAAUCUAGCCGGAUUCAUUGACGAACAGGAGUCGAAGCCGAGAGAACCAACCGAAGCCGAGAAGAAGACGCUACUGGAGCUUAACCAGCUCGCCAAUCUGGUAAAGGUGCCCAAGAGGGGGAGACUAAACGACGACGAGAUCAAACAAGUGCUCAGUACCCUCCAGGAGAAGCUGAAGGAGGGUGACGUCGUCAAAGACGCCAUGAAAGCCACCAUCUGCAAGAGAUACGACCUGAAACUGUUGUCCUUGGUCGGUGGAGGAGGAGGGAGGCUAUGUGGUCCCGGACGGACGACCCCCAGUUCUAGUCCCAACAAGAAGCCCGCACUUCCGAACAAGAAUCCCACAAGCCCAGAGAAGAAGAAGACCAGCCCCAAAAUAGACGAGAAGAAGAAGACCAGCCCCAAAAUGGACGAGAAGAAGAAACAGGAUGCGGGGAGGUGGUUAUUGACCGGCACCUCAAAGCGAGCAGAUGAGAAGCAACAGCUGGUCGACGAUGUACUGGCCCUAUCCAAGAGGUCCACAGAUAACCAGGGCGAGAUGGACUUGGAUCGUACCAUCAGCAUCCUUGACCGAGCCGCCCAAGAUCUCACCAAGUUGGACAAGGGUGAUGGGCCUGGCAAACGCGACGAAGACGACGACGUGGAUGGACUCUCGUUUUUGGACAACGAGGAGCUUCUGCAGGGGUUUGCCGCCCUCUUUAAGCCGAGCUUCAACUACGAUCCGGAAGACGAGAUAGACGAUGCGAGCAAUCCUGAGUUGAACGAGGUCGAUUCGAAUGACCCCGCAAAAGAUGGUGACCUCCCAAAGGCGAACGAGCCCGAGAAGGCGGAAGAGCCCGAGAAGACCGGGCCGCCCUCUUGGUUUGGGGGAUCCCCAGAGGCCUGGACGAACUAUAUUGAUCCGAGUGAUGUUGAUUGCGAUCCCUCAGGUAGAGACCCGUCAGAUUGUGACGACUGGAAGUUGGAUCCAAAGGAGUUGAAAACUUGGGGGGAGUUGGGUUGGACCAAGAAUAAGCCGCCGAAAUGA